AUGGGUUCCCUUCCAACCAUGACUAUUCUUGAAGAGUCCCAAGUAUCGCCACCACCGGCCACCGUGUGUGACAGGUCGUUGCCACUGACUUUUUUCGACUUCUCAUGGCUAACCUCACCUCCAAUUAACACUCUCUUCUUCUAUGAGCUUCCAAUCACUAAAACCGAGUUCACAAAAACCAUCGCUCCUAAUCUGAAAAACUCGUUAUCGAUCACCCUUCAACAUUUUUUUCCUUUCGCUGGUAACUUGAUCAUAUUUCCUUCUCCUGAUCAAAAACCCGAAAUUAGAUACAUUGAAGGUGAUUCAGUCAAUUUUACGUUUGCUGAAUGCAACCUUGAUUUCAACGAUCUUACAGGAAACCAUCCACGAGAGUGUGACAAGUUUUAUCAUCUUAUACCUCUUCUCAAACAGACUAUUAAAGUCUCCGAUUUCAUAACAAUCCCGGUCUUCUCAGUUCAAGUUACACUUUUUCCGAACAAUGGAUUCUCUAUUGGAAUGACGAAUCACCAUAGCUUGGGUGAUGCUAGCACCCGGUUUUGUUUCUUGAAGGCGUGGACAUCGAUAGCUCAAUCCGGAACAGAUGAGUUGUUUUUAAGUAAUGGGACUUUACCCGUUUAUGAUCGACUUGUCAAAUACCCGAAACUAGAUGAAAGUUAUCUGAAGAACGCAAAGGUCGAAACUUUUAACGAAGAGUAUCAACCACAAAGCCUUUCUGGGCCAACUGAUAAACUCCGAGUCACGGUUAUCUUGACGCGAACUGUCGUGAAUCGGUUGAAGAAACUGGUUUCGACCCAACUUCCAACGUUAGUAUAUAUAUCAUCUUUUACAGUUGCAUGUGCAUAUAUCUGGAGUUGCAUUGCAGAAGCACGUAAAGAUGAGGCAGAACUAUUUGGUUUCACCAUUGAUUGUAGGGCACGUUUGGAUCCACCGAUCCCUGCAGCAUACUUUGGUAAUUGUGUUACGUUUACAAUGGCGUUGGAGAAAACCAGUCUUUUAAUGGGGAAGGAAGGAUUCGUGACUGCUGCUAAAUUGCUUGGAGAAUGUCUACACACGACCUUGAACGAUAAGGAUGGAAUCGUGAAAGAUUUUGGGUCGUUCGAAGAUUUGUUCGCGAAGAUGAUGCCAACGUCAUGGAUAGGGGUUGCGGGAACACCGAAGCUUAAAUUUUACGAUUUGGAUUUUGGAUUGGGGAACCCGAAAAAGCAUGAAACAAUUUCCAUAGAUUUUAAUGGAUCCAUAUCCAUGGCUGCCUGCAAAGAAUCGAACGAAGACCUGGAGAUUGGUUUGUGUCUUUCUGCUACUGAGAUGGAGGCUUUUGUUAAUGUCUUUAAUGAUGGAUUAGAGGCGUACGUACGUGUAGAUUAA